AUGGCGCGCAUCCCAGUACAGGAGCUCGGCAAGUAUCUGCUCUCCGGACAACUCUCGAAACAGGGCUGUCUUCGAAGCUCAUCACGACCGCUCCUCCGAUCAAGUAUUCGCUGCUUCGGAAGUCAAUUGAACACAAGUAUAAGGAUACAGCAGCCCUCGAUUCGAUCUAUUCGCUCCGUCGCCAGCCCGUCUCCAGCAGAUGCAUCGGCAAAUACUGCAACUUCACCUCCGACAUCCUCCCAUCAUGUUCCUCUCCGGAAACAGCUCAAAGACCAGGCCAAGGCUCUCAAGGCCUCCGGCAAAAAGAAGAAGCCCAAUGCGCAGAACCAGACCGUCCCCGGCUGGGAGCUGACCGUCGGCAUCGAGAUCCACGCCCAGCUCAACACCCCCCGCAAGCUCUUCUCCUCCGCGACACUUCCCGCCGCGACAGACGACCCGAACACGCGCGUCGAGCUCUUCGAUCUGGCCAUGCCAGGCUCGCAGCCCAUCUUCCAGCAAUCCACGCUCAUCCCGGCCGUCCGCGCCGCGCUCGCGCUCAACUGCGACGUCCAAAAGAUCAGCAGGUGGGACCGCAAACACUACUUCCACUGGGACCAGCCGAGCGGGUACCAGCUGACGCAGUACUACGAGCCGUUUGCGCGUGAAGGGCACAUCGAACUGCUUGCGAGGGACGGAAUCGCGGCUGAGGACGGCGAAGCGGUGCGCAUCGGCAUCAGACAGGUCCAAAUGGAGCAAGACACAGCGAAGACGCUAGCGCAGCCGGGCGAGAUUCACUGGCUGAACUUCAAUCGCGUCGGCGUUCCACUGAUUGAAAUCAUCACGCAGCCGGAUAUUCAUCACCCUGCUACGGGGGCGGCUCUGGUGCGCAAGGUGCAGAUGUUGCUCAACUCAGUGGAUGCGUGCGUGAGCGGGAUGGAAACGGGCGGGUUGAGAGCCGAUGUGAAUGUUAGCGUGCGACGGACGGACGAUCCGUCGGGUAUACUGGGACAGAGAACCGAAAUCAAGAAUCUGAGCAGCUUCAAAGCUGUCGAGGAUGCUAUCAUUGCAGAGCGAGACCGGCAGAUUGCUGUUUUGGAGGCUGGCGGUGUCAUUGAGGGCGAGACCAGAGGCUGGUCGCUGGGCAGUACUGAGACGCGGCGACUACGUGGGAAGGAAGGGGAGGUUGACUACCGCUACAUGCCAGACCCUGAUCUCGGCCCCAUCAUCAUUGGAGAGGACUUGGUCGAGCGCUUGAGAAGUACUAUGGGCGUACUACCCGAUGCGGAGUUGGACAAACUGAUUGAGGAGCACGGGCUGUCAUCUAAAGACGCUCUGGCAUUGAUGCUCCUCGACAACGGCGGCAGGCUUGAAUAUUUCUACGACGUCCUUGACCAUUUGACCGCUCGUGUGCUUGCCACGCGUGAUCAGGAGCCUCAGCCUGAGGAGACGAGAGAAUCAACAAAGCAACGCUCUAUUCUGGCUAGCAACUGGGUUCUACAUGAGCUCGGCCGUCUGACUUCGGAUCGGAACACCUCCUUGGCUGAAACUACAAACGAGCUCGGCAUGACAGCUACUGGCGAGUGCGAACGCGUACCUGCUCAUGACCUGGCUGAUAUACUCUGGUAUCUCCACAAUAUGUCAAUCACCUCGCGGGUUGCCAAGGAGCUGCUUUUCGCUGUCUUCCGUGGGGAUCUUGUAAAUACCGUCGAGACCGGGCCUAUGGACAUAGGCUUUGCCAUCGAACAAGGUAAUCUGUGGUUUGACGAGCUAUCCGAAGCAGAGUAUCACGACUUGGCUGAGGAGGCAUUGUCCGGAGAGGAGAGAGUGUUGAAGGAUUUUGUUGGAUACCAACGAUACCCUCAAGGAAAGCUUAUGUUCCUUGUUGGGAGGAUGAUGAAGCUUGGUGCUGAAGAGAGGAUCGAUCCAAAGUCGGCCGAGCGAGUGAUGAAGCAUUUGAUUGAAGAAAAGGUGAAGGCCCACUAG